AGGGUGAGAGGAUGAAGGCUUGUGUGGUGGAAUGUAGCUAACAAUUAAUAAUAUUGUGGACAAUUAAACUUAUUUGUGGGUGUAGUGCGUUUGUAAAUGCUGCAGUGUUGAAUAACAUCGUACAUUUUUAAGUAAAGUAUUUCUUAUGAAAGUAACGUUUGCAAUUUAUUGGAUUAUAUGAUUAUGAAUUAGAUUGCUCACAAAAGUAACUGGCUAAAGCGUAAGGCUUUAAUUUAAAUUGAAGAAUGAUUAACAACUAGGCCUAAAGAAGAAAGUGACUAACGUUAAGUUUUUAGAUAAUCUUUCGGGAUUAAGUUGUAAAGAACAAUAAAUCGAAGUUUAAGAACAUAUUUGUGUAAGCAAUUUAACAUUUAAGUUACUGUCGAGAGUAAUAGCUGUAUAUAUUACCGUUAGACUAAAUUCGUUCAAUGCCUUGUAGCCUACCUAGUAGUAGUACCUUGCUUUGGUGACACUGUCAUUGCCAGUGUCACUUGACUGGAGUCUUGAUCGUAUUCGUUAUCAUAGUAACUACCGUGUUGGCAGUGUGAAAGACUUUGAAAGUGUACAUACAUAACUACUAUUGAAAGAUCAUAUUAUACUUUCUUUUACUACAACCAUUUCUGUUAGCCUGCAGUUUAUGCCAGGAUUUUUAUAACUUCACUUUCCAGUCUCAGAGAAGUAUAAUUUAUAAACGAGAAAGAAACAAUGAAUAAAAAUCAGCUGAAUUAUAACAUCCUGGCCAGCAAGUAUGGUUUUCAGCAAGAUUUAUGUGAUGUAAACCUUCAGCAGCAGUUGGAGGUCUUAAAAAAACAGCUAAAGGAAGAAAUUCGGAAAGAGUUGAAAAUCAAAGAAGGAGCAGAAAAUCUCCGUAGAGUGACUACUGAUAAGAAAAGUUUGUCCAAUGUUAACAGUAUUGUAAAGAAAGCAAACAGUAAACUUCAUGAAUUACAGCAGGAUCUCCAAGAACUUAAUGCUCAUAUACUUGUCACUAGGGAUCAUGGUGCUCCAGCUUUGUCAGCAGCAGACCAAGCUGUAUUGUCUCCUGAACAAGAUGAAGGAGAAAAAGCAGAACUACCUUUAUCAGCAGCGAGUCAGAGGCUUUUAUCUUUAGAAAAGCAGCUUAAGAUUGAACAGAAGGUCAAACAAGGGGCAGAGAAUAUGAUACAUAUGUAUAGCUCUGGGUCAUCCAAAGAUAGAAAACUUCUGGCAGAAGCUCAGCAGAUGCUGGCUGAUUCUAAAGCCAAGAUUGAGUACAUUCGCUUGAUGGUGAUGAAAGUAAAACAGAUGGAGGAUGAAGCUCAAGAAUGUGACUCAUCUAAUACUGACCCAGGAGGAAAAUUGCCAGAGGUCAUGUCUCCCUUGGAGCUACGCACCGAAGAAUUGCGCCAUCGUUUGAAGGUAGAAUGUGCAGUUGUUGAAGGAGCAAAGAAUGUAAUACGACUGCUUCAAGGCUCCAAACAAAUAGACAGGAAAGCUCUUCAAGAGGCACAGACAAACCUGUUAGAGUCCAGCCACAAACUGGAUCUGAUAAGGAGAUCCUUGGAUCAGUGUCGCCAAGAGUGGCCACCUGGCUCCCCUAAGUCCGACAUCCUGAAAGAAGAACUGGAAAGCAGUCAGUCAGCAAGUCCAACCUUGUACACUUCUUCUAUACAUCCUUAUGGCAUAAAAGAACCAACGCUGCAUAGUGUGACCUAUUCUCUUUCCAAACCUGCUGCAGUUACAGGCAAAUUGGAAGUCAGACUGAUGGGUUGUCAAGACUUACUAGAAGAUGUACCUGGACGUCUACCUCGUAGGGAUCAUAGCUCUCAUGGAAUAUCAAGCCCAGGAGAUAUUCGUAGCUUGGUUCGAGCCACAGGAAAAGGUCUUACUGGUCGAAGCUCUUCCAGGUCGUAUAGUAUCAAGGAAGAAACUUCAAAUGAAAUAAUGGCUGUUUUAAAGUUGGAUAAUGUUACUGUUGGUCAGACAGCAUGGAAACUUUGUAGUCAGCAAGCAUGGGAUCAAAGAUUUAGCAUUGAAUUGGAUAGGUCAAGAGAGCUAGAAAUCCAGGUGUAUUGGAAGGACUGGCGAUCCAUGUGUGCUAUAAAAUUUCUCCGGUUGGAAGAUUUUGUAGAUGAUAAUCGAAGUGGAAUGGCCCUGCACCUUGAACCAAAGGGUUUGCUUUUUGCAGAGGUGAAGUUCCUGAACCCAAUGAUUUCAAGAAAACCUAAACUUCAACGUCAACGAAAACUGUUCAAGCAUAAAGGAAAGAACUUCUUGCGGCCUGGACAGAUGAAUAUUAAUGUUGCAACUUGGGGAAGAUUGAUGAAACGAGCCAUGCCGCAAGCAUGCUCAGAACAGUCUUCUACUGUCAGCCCACCUACUAAUAAUACAGUACCCUCUGCACUGACAAUGUCUCCAGCUCCUAGUGAUGGAGCAGUAAGGAAGUUAGACUUUAACUACAGAUCAGAAGAGGAUGGCACUGACAAAGUGGAUUACAAAUUAUCAUCAGCACCUCAGACACCUCAUUUAAACAUGUCACUCGAGACAGAAGUUAAGGCUGCUUUAGGUCAGUUUGAUUUCUUGACAAAUGAAGUAUCUUCAGCUACCUCAAAAGAUUUGGAAGUUGUAGGUUCAAAAGAAGUACAAGAGCCAGAAGUACAUGUAAGGCAUUCUCCCACCCCAGAACCUGUUAUUGAACUAGCUGAUGAUGACUAUGAACCAGCUAAUCAACUCUCUUUUCAAAAAAUUCAUGUACCCAGUGAAAGUGUUCAAGCAUCAUCAGGUUUCUCAUUAAGCAGUUUUGAGUUGAUCAGUGUCUUAGGAAGAGGCCAUUUUGGUAAGGUGAUCCUGAGUAAGUACAAGAACACUGGAGAGUAUUUUGCCAUAAAAGCUCUGAAGAAAGGAGAUAUCAUUGCUCGGGAUGAAGUUGAAAGUCUGAUGGCAGAAAAAAGAAUAUUUGAAGUUGCUAAUAACAUUCGUCAUCCUUUUCUAGUGAAUCUUUUUGCUUGUUUUCAGACUUCGUCACAUGUUUGUUUUGUGAUGGAAUAUGCCUGUGGAGGAGACCUGAUGAUGCAUAUUCACACUGAUAUUUUUCCGGAACCUCGUGCAGUUUUCUAUGCAGCCUGUGUUGUUCUGGGUCUCCAGUACCUUCAUGAAAACAAAAUAAUUUACAGGGAUCUUAAGCUGGACAACCUGCUUUUAGAUACAGAAGGAUAUGUAAAAAUUGCUGAUUUUGGCCUCUGUAAGGAAGGAAUGGGAUAUGGAGAUCGUACCGGUACAUUCUGUGGAACUCCAGAGUUUCUUGCUCCCGAAGUUUUAACAGAAACAUCCUACACACGUGCUGUUGACUGGUGGGGUCUUGGAGUCUUGAUCUUUGAGAUGUUAGUUGGAGAGUCACCGUUUCCUGGUGAUGAUGAAGAAGAAGUCUUUGAUAGCAUUGUCAAUGACGAAGUAAGAUACCCACGGUUCCUCUCUCUCGAAGCCAUUGCAAUCAUGAGACGGCUACUGCGUAAGAAUCCAGAGAGGCGACUAGGAGCCAGUGAGAGGGAUGCAGAGGAUGUAAAGAAGCAAGCUUUCUUCAGACAUAUUCUCUGGGAUGACCUACUUAUGAGAAGAUUAAAACCUCCUUUUGUUCCUGUUUUGAGAUCCCCAGAAGAUGUUAGCAACUUUGAUGAAGAAUUCACCUCAGAACGUCCAGCAUUAACACCACCAAAAGACCCCCGUAUGUUAACAGCAGAAGAGCAGCAAAUGUUUAUAGAUUUCACUUAUAUGGCUGACUGGUGCUAGGCCUGACUGUAGGGAAGACAUACACAGUGUGCCUGGGUAGCUACUAGGUUUGCAACCUUCAAUCUGUUCUCAGGAUCCAUCCUUAAUAAACUGGACCUGCAGGUCACAAAGCAGCUUUUUGGCCUUUCACUAGGCCUACUCAUGUGGACAGGCUGUAUGUAGCACUGGUGAUAAAUAACGUGAUUUGUGCCUUCAGAAGUUCAAUUAAUAUUAUGAAUUGUUCAAUGUCUUCCAUCCAUGGUAGCUGUCUUGUACAUAAUGGAAGAUCCAUUUGAGAAGCUUUAUUUUUCUCAGUUUGCUUGAACAAGGUAGUUAUAUAUAUAUAUAUAUAUAUAUAUAUUAGUCUGGUGAGAUUGGUUUCAAUCAUGAUGCAUUUAAUAUUGAUUUCUGUCAGUGUACACUUAUACUAGUAAAUAGGUUACAAAUUGGUAGUGCCUUCAGUAUCAAUGUUUAAGUAAAAUGUGCAUGAAUCGGCUUCUAAUACCACUUUCUUAACUUCCAAAGUAACAACAAAAAAAAUGGGUUUUGCAAGCUAACAUUUUUAUGUAAUAAUGAUUUUGUUUGUUUUUAUUGAAGAAACCAAACAGACCAUUUUUUUAGUAUGUAACAAUUUUAGGUGUAUUUGUUUUCUCACCUCUACAAAGUGCUUGCAGUGCCUCAUUUGUAAAUUAAAGCUUUUUAGGCAGUGAUUAAGAGAAACCUAUUUCACAUAAUAAGUAUUGUGCAUUUAGUGUUUAAAAUGUGAUAGUUUUCAUUUGAAAGGCAAAGGUUUGGAUCCAGUGUUUAUCUGCAGUUUGGAUUCAGGGAUAACACUGAUUGCAAGUUAGAUAUUCAGCUUAAAUUCUUUACCUUUUAAUAGUUUCUAAACAAACCUUUUUCUUUCUGUUUCUGUCGAUUACUAUGCAUAAAAAUAGGUUUGUCAAAAGCUCAUAAUACCGCUGAAAAGAAAUUGUAUGUAAUGUUUGAUUAUAAUAUUUUUUUGCUGUGAUGAGCCAACUUUGUAUAAGGGUUAACUGCUUUAUUUUUAUUCUCAUUUUAAAUUAACAUUCAUUAAACAUUAUCAAAAUUAAUUUCAUAGCCUAAUAAGUUAUUUUUUUUGUAUUGAAGAAUCUUUACGUUUUACCAUUAACAACAUAUUCCUUUAAGGAAAUAUUCAUUGGAAAGUCUAAUAUAAAGCCAGCUUUGUGUAUAAUAGUAAUCAACAGAGUUAUGUCACAGAUAUAAUAUCCUAAAAAAUAACAACGAAUACUAAUCUAAUCAAUGAGAGGAGUGACAAAAAAUUGGAAGUAAUAGGCUCUCGUAAGUGUCUUCAGUGAUGUUCUUCAACAUGAGAAAUUCGUCCAUGAUGGGUGCACGAGGGAUAAAUUUAAACCUAUCAGUAAUAUCUGAACUAAACUUUAUUUUAGUCUGUAAACAUCUUGGGUACAGAGUGAGGAAAAUAUUUUGAUAAUGACUUUCUGCUACUAAAAAACAAGGCAUAAUUUUUCUUACUCUUCACAGAAAGUGAAGAAAACAGUUUACCAAGCACAAUACAUCAUAUUUCUUUGGGUUGUUAUCAACAUGUUUUUGUGCCAAAAUUAUCAGUAUGGGCCUCCUUAGCCAAUAACAGUGUGUGUGUGUUUGUGAAGUUGUAGUAUUAAUUCUUAAACAUAGUUAAUCGACAUUUGCCCUUUUUGUAAAUGCUUAUAAGUGUAACCAAACUAAUUGUUUCAAUUUUUGUUCACUAACCAUAAAAAAAAAGGAAGGUUUGAUGAUUGGUUUUAUACAUGGAACCAACGUAAUCAAAACGUCUGUCAAAAAUUUGUAUUCAACCAAAUUUUUAACAUGAAAAUAUAUAAAGGUGAAAGUUCCAAUGAGUCUAUAGGGCUAGAAAAAGUAAAGAUAAAAUUUUCUGUUAAUACCAGGUAAUAUAUAAUUUCUCCAACAUUGUAUAUUAUUUUUAAAAUAAAAAAGAAAAUAAGAAUAUCUUGGUUUUGAAGUAAUUUCUGCCUUUGCAGUAGGUAUUGUUUACCUUUAAAUGUUAGUGUAUAAACCAGGUAGAUGUGGUGUUGUGGCUGAUAAGAGGGUACAGAUUUACUGGUUAGAUGUUUGUGUCUCAUUUGUUUCCUUGGGGUUUUUUUUUGUAUAAACCAUUUAAUAUUCUUGGAAAAAUACAAAAAUAUUUUAUCUUUAAUCAUUUCCCUUUAGACUUGUUCACUUUCACCUGUUACUUUAAUAUGAUCAGUAUUAUUUAGUUUCCUCUAAUUUGAGGAAUAAUACAAGUUAAUAACUUUGUUAUAAUAUCUUAUUUUGUUAGGGAUAUAGUGAAUUGAAAUAAAUGCAUCGUGUAAUUUUACAGAUAACAAGUAAAAAUUUAAAACAUGCAUGUGAAUUUUUUUUGCUUUCUCUUAUACCAUCACUUUUAUUGGUUUCCCUAACAACUAGGUGAUGAGAUGUAUACUUUUUAGUGUUGUGUUCUGUGUUGCAUUGCUUUAAGACAUAUAUGUCAAGAUAAAAUAGCAGUGAUCAGUUUUCAUUAAGUUACAAUAUUUAUGUGUGUAUACUACUUUUGUGGUUGAAACAACAUAGUCACAUUCAAGAAGACCAACAAAUGGACUUCACUCUAUUCUUAGAAAGGCAUUCUUCAGAAUUUUCAUUGUUUUGCUAUUUGACUACUGUAUAGUUAGAGUGGAGUUUAUGUUCCUGUCACUUAAUCUUCCUAAAGCUUAACUCUUGUGUUGGCUUAUCAGGUUAGUUAGAAAUUAUCUUUUUUUUUUUCUGAUAGUAUUUGUUUUCUUGCAUUAACUGAAGAAGAGUUGUAACAGGAUUGAAGUGUAUUUAAAUACAAUUCUGCUUCCGGAAAAAAAAUCCAUUGAACUAAGAUGUCCAAAACAUUUUAUUGCUAGCCUCAGUGUCAUGUAAUGGUUACAAAAAAAAAUUGUUUUUGGGGCAUAAUGUAACCAGUCUAUUCUUUUUUAAUUUAGAAGAGUAUUGCAUUAGAAUGGUGCUUUUGUAAGUGAAUUGGCAACUAGACUGUGGGAUAUAAGAUUGCAAAGCUUAAACAAGCUCCAGCAUGGAACAUUUAAUAAAACUAAUUCGUAAGGUAUGGUCCACACGCAAGGUUGGAGUUAACACACUAUAGCUUUUCGUUCAUGCACCAAUCAACAAAUGUCAUUUAUAUAAUUUAUUUAGAUAAUUUAUUCAUGGACCCUUUGUUUCCACUUUUUCUUCUAAAUACAGAUUUUUGACUGUCAUCAAUUUGAAUGAACAACUUCAUGACAGCCCCCUCCCUCUAAGAAUGUGUGUUGGUAAACAUUGUUAUUAUUGGUCCAGCAUGUUGGUUCAUAUUGAUCUGUGUAUAAAAUAAAUUGUUUUCUUCCUUCAUUAUGAAGAUGAAUCAAGAUAUCGCAUCAAAUUUGGUUUAUUGUAGUUUAAGUAGUAUUACUGUAUGCAUGACUGCAUGUGUAUACAAUGCAUGCACUAAAGAAGUAUCUUGUUACAGUAAAUGAGAUGUGUUUUUACUGUUUAUGUAACAAAAUAUUUCAAAUUUCUCUGCCUAACAAACAACAAGAUUGAGUUUUAAGAAUUGUGGUAAAUUAAUUGCAUAUCCAUUACAUCAAAUUAAUUUUUACUGUAUAAGAAACAUUUGAUAAUGAAUUGAUACUUCUUGACCAUAUUAUGUGUUAAUCAAAAUAAAGAAAAAAUUUCUGAA